AGAGAUCACGCGAUAGUCAAUCUGCUGCCGACCGCUCCCAUAUCCCAAUAUUGGAAAGCUGGAGCUGUCCUACGGAUUCUGUUGAGCGACCCUAAAACAGAUUUCCAGCGUCUGCAGUAUUUUGCUGUUACCCUUUAUUCACCAGGUCAUGGAUGUCUUGGUGACCACAUUUUGGAACAUAUACCUUUCAGCAAGAUGCCUGUGCACAUUGAUGACAUGAUGCGCUUAGUGUGCCAUAUUUCAGAGGUGGAGAAGUUGCAAGUUGCAGUGAAGAAUUCUGGGAAGGGGGCACUUCUGGCUGGUGCAAUGGCGUUCGCAGGGGGCUUGGUCGGUGGUCCUCCAGGAAUAGCUGUUGGUGGUGCAGUUGGUGGGUUGCUGGGUGCCUGGUUGACUAGCGGACAGUUUAAACCAUUACCUCAGAUUAUUAUGGAACUGCCACCUAAUCAACAACUGGUACUGUCUACUGAUGUGCGCAAUAUUGUCCAACAUUUGGACUGGACUGAUGCAGUACAACUGAUAUCAUUAGUGAUGGGAAAUGUCGGCCUGAAGAAGGAGGUGAUGGCAGCAAUGAGUGCAUUUUUUUUAAACCAGCUCAAUGCUGAGGUGCGGCACUUUGACUGAAACCUAUGCGAGAUGCCUUUUCUAGAAAUCUAAAUUAGAUUGCAUAUGCUGGAACAUAAAAAAAAAAGCAUUAAUUUUGCUUGUAGAAAUUCAAAGAUCUAUGAAGGAUUUAAUUCGGACUAUUCUACAGUGGCACUGGGGAAUCUACAUGAUGAAUUCUCCUGGUGAAAUGUUCAUGAAUGUUGUAUCUAACUGACUUCAGAACCAGGCUUUUUGAAUUUGUUUUAGUUUGUUGAUGACCAUAUCUCUGGCUGUUGAACUGUCGGUAUAAUUUGGGAUUAAGCCUGGUUUGCAAGCAAAGAAUUAUUCUGCUUGAGAAUAUAGGAUAAUUGGACCUGACUUUCAAAGGCUUGUUAAUGCUGUUUCAAUUAUAUGGCAAAUAGUGAGCAAUGAAUUAAGUUGGUAGUAAAUCAAAAAAUUGGUACCUAUAGCAAAAAUGUGAUCAUUUAAAAGACAGUGAAUGGAUGCAUGCUGGAAUGCUCUAAGAGAGGACACAACACGCCCCAGUGUCACUCCUGAAGUUAAAAAUGUUGAAUUAACUAUUGAUCUGACUAAGGAUGAUGCAAGGACAAGGAAGUGUAGAUUCUGAUCUGAAAUCUUAGUGACCAAAUUGUAAUUUGAGAAGAAUAUAAUGGGCAAGGUGAAUAUGGUACUCCAUGCAGUACCAAUACAAUUUAUUACAAAAAGUUACAGGGGUAUGCUGCUGAACAUGACACCAAGGAGUUCAAAUGGCCAAUGAAAAGUUCCUUUAUGCAUUAGGAGAAGCACAUUGUGAAUGCAAAUUGUAAAAAUGGGAUUAUAACAGGAUAUCAUGUUACAAUAGGGACCAGACAAUCAAGUAUAACUAAUCAGAACAACCACUGGCUAAGUCUGCUGUAUAACACCAGCUUCUAAUGUCUUUCUGGGACAAGUAUAAGAUAGAGAUCCCAUCAGGAGCCUCAAGAAUCACAAUCUGUUGUACAAAAUCCAUAAUGUAAUUGGAGCCCCUCCAUUCACCACAGCUGCCAAUCAACCAGUUGUGGCAAUACCAGCAUUUACUGACUAGCCAUGGCACCAAUAGCAAUCAGGAAUAAACAUGAAUAAAUUUUGUCACUCCAGGAUUGCUAAGAAUGACCCUGAACUGAUAUAAUGUCUUGUACUUGAAGAAAUAGUCCAGAGCUGGAGGUUAACAGGGACCAUAGAAAAUUUCAGAACAUGUGCUUAUGGACUAUAAAAAACCCACAAAUGGGAUCACCAAAUCAAUAAGCAGAUCAGGUGGAAAAUGUACAUAAGGUGGACAAUAAUAACAGCAGCAGCAAAGGACAUUUUGAUGGUGCUGCCAGUGAACAGAAAGAUGCCAGCAAAUGUUUUACACCGUAGUGUUAAGCAGUAGACACUCAACAGCAAGGUAGAGAGAAAGUGUUAAAAGCUGUGGCACUCUGCUCCCCCCCUCCACCGCCUCUUGAAGGAAAGAGCCUCUGAAAACAGGGAGUGAGAUAACGGAGGAUGGAUUGGAUUUGGAGAAGGAGUAUUAGACAGCAAGCAGAAUUUAAUCCACACAAUGACGAUCUCGGAGAGCCAGUGAGAGUCCCUGAUUGCUGGUGAGGGAGGGAUGGAAGAAGGGAUGGAGGGGUGGCUUUCAGUGGGACUCCCCUUUCCUGAUGCUGGAUUCCUCAACCAGGCACUGGAUACCUGACAAUAAGUGACCUCACCAGGAACCCUGGGUUUGCUCUUGGGCUUCCCAUAUGGCGACUGCGCUGCAUGUUCCUGGUUGAAUACCAGCGGAGGUAGAAUGUGGCCCUUAAGCGGGCAUUGCUUGCUCAUUUAAGGGCCUCAAUUGGUGUCGGGUGGGAAGGCGGUCCAGGAGCCUUCCUACCCCAGACUUAAUCUGGGAAGAGGUGAGAAAGCGGCAGGGUCCCCACCCCACACCACUUACCCCAACUUAUGCCCCCCGCCUCAAAACUUGUCUCAGGGGAGGGCAUUAAAUUAAAGACCAACAAGGGUGUAGUGGCUGAAAGAAUGGCUUUUUUUUAACCAGUUGAUACACUGCGUUGAAUUUUGUUGAUAUAUAUGCGAGAUGCUAAACACCUUUGAAAAUGAGGUCCACUAUAUUGUCAAAAAAGUUUAUUCAACAAUCAAUAUUGUUUAUUAAAAAUAAAAUAACCAUUGUGUGGCUUAACAGUAAUACAAAUGUGAAACACUUUUUAGAUGUUGGAAAUCUGCAUUAAAUACAGCAAAUGCUGCAAAUAAUCAGCAGUUCUGGCAGCAUCCAUGGAGAGUUAAUGUCAAUGACCUUUGUCAGACUUCUGCUUCUUUCUCCACAGAUGCUGCCUGACCUGCUAAGUAUUUCCAGCAUUAUCUGAUUUUGUGUGGUUUAACAUGACUAUUAGUGAAAUGAAUUGAGGUGCAAACAUUGUGGAGCAAUCCAAGGGGUACAAAUACAUUUUGGAUGGUAGGGCAAACUGUAUGGUAACAAAAUGGCCCGAUUUUCUUUCCAAUGCCGAAUGACUAUUGACACUUUGCAUCCCCACCCUGGAUGAAUUACAUGCCCAUGAAUCUUACAAUGGGUAAACAGUAACUUUCUUCUACAAAAUACUGAUGAAGCUUAACUUCAAAUUUUGCGGUCUUUGCUGACAUAAACAAUCAUUUUGAGUUCCUGGAUUUCUCAUGUGAAUGCUGCUAUUAGAAUUUCAAUUCAAAUUCUAAAUCAGCUUUAAAACAAUUAGAAUAUAGACUGUUCAGUCUAUAUAGAAUGUUCAAUGAUAUCCCCUCUUCUGAGUUAUACUUAACUUUUCAGAGUAAAUCCAGAUAAGGCAUUUAUUUUUGGAGAAAAUUGCUCCCCAUCAAAAUAGAACUAGAAGGUGCCCAUGUUAAAAAAGGAGUAAAGUAAAUGUGGAGAAAUGAAAAUGAGUUAAGCAAAUUAAAUAAUGAAAGCCAAACACUAAGGGAUUAUGAGGUACUUUGUGAGAAUUGCUAGUAUCCUACAAGUGUGGGAAUCUACCAUGCAAGGGAAUACAUUUUUCUGAUGUCAAUCUGUAGGCUUUAUUCAAAAGCAAUUUAUUUACACAUUGUAAAUAAAUACUUUCCAUCAUUUUUUGAGCAGCAAUUAGGCAUAAUUUGCAAAAUUAAGGGAAUCCCAAUGCUUAUUGUUUUGCAAUUAGGUGCAAAACAUAUUGGUAAACUCCUUAAGAAAAAUCUUAACUGCUUUAAUUGCUAAACUGCAUCAAAAUACAUGUGCUUUAGUAUUAGUCUGCAUAAUGUUUACACUGUUUUCAUAAUAUACAGUAAAUUAUUGUCUUUAAAACUCUCCUGGCACAGAGACUUAUUCCCCAGAUACACAUAUUAGAAAAUUGAUCAUUCUGUGCCCAUAAUUCUCCAUCCAUUAUGGACAGAAGUUGGGACAACUUGUGCCCAAUUUCAAAUUGCCUAGCUUGCAGUACUAAAUGUAACUUACUGGCUGGUGCUACAGUUUAAUUUAUUGAGUUAUUAACUCUUGGUUUAAAUGCAGCCCAGAUUGAUAGGAUGAAAAUCACUUCUCUUACAGUACUAAGAGUCUUAUUUAAGGUACACUUGGGCAGUUUGUUUUUUCAAUUUAAUUCCUAACCGGUACAAAUUAUUGGUAGGGCAAAAUUGCCCAAAAUGGAAAAUAAAUUCUCUCUAAGUUGUCAAGAUCACCCUGAGAUGGUGUAGUUGGUUUUACUUUUAAAAAUCGAGGCAAAGUGCUUUUCUCUGGUAAAAUAUAUUCUUAAAGAAAUAGUCUGGGCAACUAUUGUUUUUUGAGUUUGGGGGAGUGGUAGAGCUCAUUCCUGGAAAAUAUGGAAUUCAAACAAAAGGUACUGGAAAUACUUAGCACAUCUGACAGCAUCUUGGGAGAGAGAAACAAAGUUAACAUUUCAGGUCAGGGACCUAGAAAGUAUGGGGUUUGUCCUGCACAGUAACUGCAAAAUUAUGAUUAUCACUAUUUGGUGGACAGAAUGGCAGGCAUCCAUUAUGAAAGCUUUUUAGAAGAAUUUAGAAGAAUGUAUAAAUCAUUGAGUUUGUGAAAUGAAUUACAUCUUAAAUUGUGUGUGCAUGGUACAUGAAAUAAAUAGCAGUUUAUGUUUUAAAUAGGAUUUUGGCCAAAAACUCAUUUUAUUUUCAGCAUUUUAACAUACAAUGUUAAGAGGCAAUCACGGUCAAUAUAUGGUGCAUAUAAUAUACAAUUUUGAAUGAAACUGAAACUUUUAAGAAUAUUUAAAAUAUUUAAAACCAUAUAAAGGUGCUGCUGUGAACCACUGAAUGACCUCAGUUAAUUCAGACAAUGUUGUUUGGGGCUUAGCAAUGUGCCACAUCAAUGGCACAGGCCCGAUUGCAUUGCCUAACAGAAAAUGUUAUGAAAAUGUUAAAAAGUGCACAUUAUGUUUUCACAUCAGCUUGAUGACAUAAUGAUUGUAUUUGAUAAUUAGGUGAUCAUGCAAUAGCUUUCAUGUUCCAAGGUUCUCCGUUUCAUAUCUAAUAUUUAUCAGUUGGUAUUAUAAUGCUGAAAGGAUCAGCAUUUGUGACCACUGCUCAAAACACAUACAAAUUGUGCUCAUCUCCUUAUUAAUUCCAUUUAUAAAACGGGAAUCAAGAUCUGUAGUUUUGAAGAACGAUGUGCAAAUCUAGUUUACUGCACCUAUGGGCCCAAUUUUAACUCAAAAUGGGUGGGUUUUGAAUGAGUUAAAAUCUCGCCCUGCAUUUCAUUAAUCUGACAAUUUGUGAGGCAUUGCUUGCAUUCUUGAUGAAAGCAUGGUAACAAAAUAGUUAAAACACAACUUGCAGUGGCAAUGUAUAAGUGGCUGGGUAGUGACAGCCCAACCUGUUGCUCUUGUUUACAGAAAGGUGAACUAACAUUGGAAGGUGAGGCUUUUUGAUUAACUUUUAUUUCAAGUUAAUAAGUGUCACAAUAAGAGUGCUAGACUUGGGGAUUUCUUUGAAAUUAUUUUAAUAGUGACUUCUGACUUACUUGUACAGCAACGUUCCUUUUAAGUUGGAUGCCGUAUGUGAUAAAAUUAAAUGGUCACCUGUCAUUGGAAGUUGCCUUGAACCUUUCCCCUGUCUGUCUUGUCCCAUUUUAGAACAAAAUUAUUUUAAUGGGAAGUCCGGCAAAAUUCAGUGGUGAUCAAAAUUGUUGUGAUCAAUAAAGAGCAAAGAGCUUCCUCGAGGUUAUCUGGAUUUUAUUGGCUGGGGGUCAGCUUUGAAAGUGAAUGAACUUCUGUGGGUGGAAAGUCAACUGUCAAACAUGGUCAUGAUUUAAAAAGUUUCAAAAUGGUGUAGUCGCAAAAACACUAAGUAUCAUUGAAUAAAAUAUGAAGGUAAAAUGAAGUCAUGUUCGGUUUUGAAACCUAAUAUUUUGAUAGGAAAUUAUAUUUAAACCUUUGUGAUAAUUGACCAGUUUAUAAAUUAUUGAGGUUUUUCUUGUGAAUCUUGUAAAUCUUUUUUCUUAUUAAGUUAUAUAACUGAACCAUUGGUAGAAUAUUCUUGCAGGAUGUUGUGUAAAAAUGUAACUUAAUAAAAAAAAUUACAUUUGAA